AUGACCAUGAAGAAUUUGACUCCAGUUGUCAUUGGUGUGGGGGAUAUCAAAAAUGGUUCAAGGAAACUCGAAGAUGCAGUCGAACCGGCGGAUUUAAUGCUCAACGCUAUCCACAAGGCAAUUGUUGAUACGGGGCUUUCCUUAGAAGCUUCCAGGGAGCUUCAAUCUGGCAUAGACAGCGUGAAUGUCGUUGCUACUUGGACUUGGCGAUAUUUGGAUCUCCCUACCCUCCUAUCAGAUAAGCUGGGUAUUCAACCUCAACACAAGCUCUAUAGCCAUCAUGGAGGUAACGCGCCUGGGAAAUUAUUCGACGAUGCUGCUCGUCGCUUAUCACAAGGGAAGAGCAAGAUAGCGAUAGUGACUGGAGGAGAGGCUUUGGCAUCAUUGGAUGCAUUCUCCCGGGCAGGAAAACCUCCACCAUCAAGUUGGACCAAACCGGCUGAGGGUGUCCCUGACGUGUUCCGGCCAAAGGGGCCAGGAAAGGAAGAGAACAUUGGGACUAUCCACUCCGUUGGGCUACCCCUGCAUGUAUAUCCGCUGUACGAGAAUGGCUUUAGAGCAUAUCGAAAGCAAUCUAUGCAGGAAAACGUUAAAGAGUCUGCUGAAUUAUAUGCUGAAUUCUCGCUGGUUGCAGAAAAGCAGCCUCUUGCUUGGAAUUACGGGAAACCCGCAGAAACAGAGCUAUCUCUGAGUACGAUCACGGGAAGGAAUAGGAUGAUCUGCUACCCUUACAACGCUCGUCAACUUGGAGUACCAGAAGAUCGAUGGAUCUACCCAUUGGGCGGUGCGGGCACCGAGGAUAGUGGCAACUUCUGGGAACGACCAAACUUUUACUCCAGCCCGUCGAUAUCCAGGUCUCUAGAUGCAGCCUUACAGUCAUCUGGACUUAGGAAAGAAGACGUGGACCUGUUUGACUUUUACUCAUGUUUUCCAAUCGUCCCCAAACUUGCUGCCCACCAUCUAGGCCUACCUAUUGUUAAAGGCUCUAAGCCUAUCACUCUCCUGGGUGGAUUGACAUCCUUUGGGGGUGCAGGAAACAACUAUUCUAUGCAUGCGAUUACGGAGAUGGUACGGCAGCUCAGAAAAGCCACGGGAGCCCCCAGGCAUGGCCUAAUACUCGCAAAUGGCGGCGUGAUAAGCUAUCAGCAUGCCAUCUGCCUUUCAUCAAGCCGGAGGAAGGACGGUUCCCCUUAUCCAACUGAAAGACCUCUCCCUGAAGUUGUGACCGAUGUUGACAUUCCGGUCGUUGAUGCUGAAGCAGAGGGUGAAGCAGCAAUUGAGACCUAUACUGUGGAGUUUAACCGUGAUGGGAGCCCAAUGUGCGCAUAUAUCGUGGGCCUCUUGAGGAGCACGGAUCACAGGUUUAUUGCUAACCAUGCUGAUGACCGUACAUUAGAGGAACUAUCGAAUACAAACAACGAACCUAUUGGAAGGGUUGGAUACGUUUUGAAAGAUCCCGAGGAGAAGGGAAGGAACUUACAGAAUGGCCAGUACCCGCUACCUCAGUCACCACAACAGUCCUUUCCGCCGCCAGCAACACCUCCGCAACAAUCUUACCAGCAGUCUCCCCAGGCCUAUCCGCAGGUCGUAAUUCCGGCGUAUACAGCUCAUUUGGUGCAAAGCCAGCUGCUGCAGCCUCCGUUACGGCCGCACGACUUCGCCGCUCCCGCCCCUUCGCUAUCUCAACCAAUUCCUCCCCACUAUUCCGCUCCGCCGCACGCGAGCUUCCAGUAUGGAGGGCCUGUGGUGUCACCGGGCUCACCGUACGCGAUGCCUAAUCGACCUGUGAAUGCCUAUAACUCUCCGCAUGCAUUAUACCCCGUCCCUCUACCACCUCGGCCCCAAACACAACCUCCACAAUGUCACUCUCAGUCGAUAGCUCCCCGGCAAGUUUCGCAGCCGAUUUCUCCCCAGGUACAGACACACUCUUCGGCCCAAAGGUACCCGCAGCCAAUGGUUCAAAUGCCCUUGAAGGCACAGAGUGCUGGUCAUACCCAGAAGGAAUCCAAACCGUCGAGACCCCAAUCGCAAACUCGACCUUCGCCGCAAGUAAUGGGGUCGAAACCGUCAUCCCAGCAUAAAGAUGGAGGGCAUGAGAACGCGAAGCCACCUGUGGAUUAUCAGGUAUUGCUUCUAGCGCUAGCUGAUGAAUACCUUGACGCUGCUCAUAGCCAAGCUACUUUACUUGCGGUUUCCAGGGAUCAGCGGGAAAUGGAACAAUAUUACAAGCUGGUUGCCACAGGUUUACGGUGUAUGGAGGCACUGUUAAAGAACUGGAGGCUGGCUCCUCAAACAGAGGCUCUCGUCACACUGCGCUUCGCUAAGAUAUUGUAUGAAGAGACGAAUAAUGAUACCAAAGCUGAAACAAUCUUGAGUAAAGGGAUUGACUUAUGUGAAAGGAAUCGGAUGUUUGAUCUCAAGUACGGCAUGCAGCAGCUACUCUGCCGGAUAUUAUCCAAAUCCAACCUGAAAGCCGCAAUCAAAACCGUCGACGGCGUUAUCCGUGAUAUUGAAGCGUAUCGACAUGUCGGCUGGGAAUAUGCCUUUCGCCUGUUACGAGUUUCAAUUUCUCUAUCCCCUUCUCCGCAUCAAGACUUAGUUGGUGCUUUGCAUAACCUUCAAAAAAUAUCCUCAUUAGCGACAUCCUACAGGGAUAAGGCGAUAUCAGUGGUAGCAGCAGUUCUUGAGGCGUUGAUUCAUCUACAGCAGUCCACAAUUGCGGAUUCUAUUGAACACGCACAACGAGCAAUUGCUACUGCCAGAAGUCGUCAGCUUGACCCUGAAGUUCGCAAUAUACCCCAACUUAAUUCAGUCAUCCAAAUGGUGGACAUAUGCUGUAGCAUUCUCGAAUACGAUAUCAACCAGUCUAGCCAAAAACUCAAAGAAAUGCAACAGUCGAUGGAUCAGGAUAUCCAUAAUCCAAAGUGGAGGGAUGAUGGGUCAUUCACUCUCCCGAUGAGCGCUGGAACCAUGGAAUCAGCGUCGCCACGGGAGCAUAGAAAUGCUAGCCACACAUUCGAAUUAACCAUGGGCUGGCUUCCAGAGCACGACCUCUACGCUCUCUGUUACUUCCUCAGCUCUAUCACCCUGAGCGCAAAAAACUCGCAAGACGGCCACAAGGCAGAGAAGUAUCUUCAGGAAGGCUUAGGGAUGAUGAAAGCCAGUCUUGCAUCUCCACAGGGGAUCUCAGAAUCGUUCAUGUCAUCGUCCUCCCGUAUCCAAUGGAGGAGGACCUUAUAUUGCAAUAUGCUCCUCCAGCAGGCUUUCCUCUCUUGUUCUCGGACAGAAUGGCGAUUAGCGAAUAAGGUUCUCAAAGAAGUGAGAAAUACUUUAUCUGAGCUAGGGGAAAUGGCAAACGACGAUAUAAAAUGCCUGGCAGAAUAUGCCCGCGGUAUCAUUCACCAAGCAACUGGUGAUAUCGCGGCAGCAAUGUCUAUCUUCCGGCAGCCCAUGUUUUCCCUGGCUCACAUAAGCAAUAAAGCCCCACGAAGCAGUCCUCAUCGUGAUACAUCAAUCCUAGCCAAUUUGAACCUCGUACUUCUCUUACGAGAUCCUUCGAAGGCUGACCAUCCACUUGCCGUCGAAACUCUAAACGCUGUCGGGCCAUACUGCCAGAGUAGCCCGAACAAAUACAUCCGAGCUGCGCAUUCUCUCAUAAGCGCAACCAUACACACCGAAUCCACUAUCCAAACAAAACGUGAUCUCCACCAGGCGCUGCAAGCUGCCACAGCGAUUCAAAACAGUCAAAUAACCUGCGUCGCAUUAACUUUUAUGAGUUGGAAAUAUUUCAGAGGGGUGGUUGGCGAACAAUCCGAAAAGAGCGCGAUGGCGGCUAGAGCCAUGGCAAGAAAAGCAGAUGACAAACUAUGGAUGAGCGUUACGGAGGACUUAUUAGCCGAGACCUUAGACCGACAAGGGAAGUCGGGAGAAGCUCAGACGCUGAGAAACAAAGCAGAUAAACAAUUGGAGGCGUUACCGCCAGCGCUAAAGAUGUCGAGAGGCGAUGGGAAUGGAAAUGGAAAUGGUAAAUCUGGCGCUAAUGGGAGAUGA